AGAAAGCCUGUGUGAAUGGUAAUUGCUGAUAAUGAUCACUGAAGCUGCUUAAGGAGUGAAGUUAAAGUGUAAAAAAAAAUUCUAAAGAAAAAAGAAAUAGGAGAGAAAAAAGGUUCAGCUCCGCCCACUUGGCUACUAUGGCAACCAUGUUGACAGCACUCAAACUGUUAACUAGAACAUUUCUGUAGAACUGAAAGUUAAUUAGGUUUAUGUUGUGUUAAUAAUGUGAAUGGUAUGUUAAUUAUGUUAAGGUUAUGUUAAUUAUGUUUAUGUUGUGUUAUGUAAAUGAGGUUUGGGUUAUGCUAAUUAGGUCAUGUGACCUAUGACAUCAUAAAGGCAUACCUCAACAGUCACAGCUCCCUCCAUCACACUAGUGACUGACCUCUUGUAGGACACAUCAGAUUUUGUGAGCUCUCUCUGAUAACAAGGAUCUGUUACGCUAGAACCUAGAAAUGUCUAGAAGCAGCACUGCUAACAAGAAGAAAGUCUCUUGGUUUGAUAUGUGGGAACAAGAAGUGAGUGUGGAUUAUAACGAAAUAAUCAACGUUGACACUGUUUCAGACUCUGAAGAUUGUGUGAAGCCACCACAAAAGGUUUCUCUACCUGAGAAAGUCCAGCAGGAAUCGUCUGUCUGUGAAAAACUAAGAAACAUGGACCGUCUUUUGAUUGAAGUGGAGGAACUCAAGGAAAAUUUGAAAAUUUCCAACGAUUCUCUAAAAAAUGAGAAAAUAAGACGAACCAAAGCUGAAACUAACUGUGUGUUUUACAAGAGACACAUUGCCGAAUUAGAGCAGGGAUUGGAUUACUAUCAGCAUAAGGUAGAGACUCAUGAAAAGACGGUGCAGACUUUACAAAACCAGCUUCAGAGCAAAGAAAAUCUCUGUGAGAGUCUGCAAAAGCGUUCUCAGCAGGAGUCACUGCUGAGACACAACUUAGCUCAAGAAAAACUGAAGAGUGACAACGAACAUAUAAUCAAUAAUAAGUUACAGAAGGAAAUUGCAGAAUUACACAAGGAGAAAGAAAAUCUUUUAAACAAGCUGGAGAAUUUUUCCUCCAUGAAAAAGGAGGCAGAUGAGAAGAUGUCUGCACAGCUGGAAACCUUGAAACACCAGUUGGAUGAGAAAUCUUCUCUUUGUCAUCAACUGGAAUCGUCUUUUAUUAAGGAAAAGCAGCUGAGAGUCCAGUUACAACAGGAGAAGAAGAACCAGAAAAAAGAUUUAAGUCAUCAGAAAUUAAAGAACGAAAUCUGGGAAUUAGAGCAGGGACUGGAUUACUAUCAAAAUAAUGCAGAAACCCGUGAAAAAAGAAUGAAGAGUUUACAGAUCGAGCUUCAGAACAAAGAAACUGCAUGUGAAGAUCUGCAGAAGACUUUAAAACAGCUGAGAGUCCAGUUAGCUCAAGAGCAGCAAAACAGUCAGAACAAAGAUGCAAUUACUGAGAAUUUAAAAGAGGAAGUUGGACAACUAAAGAAGAGCCUUGUGAAAGCUCUGGAGAGUCUUAACUCCACAAAACUCAAGGAGAAGGAGAAGAUGUCUGAGCAGCUGGAAGUGUUUAAUCAGCAGUUAGAAGAGAAAUCUGCUCUUUGUCAAACACUUAAAUCAAGUUUAGACAAAGAGCAGCAGCUGAGGGUGAGCUGUCAGGCUGAACUCAACAAUACCAGAGUUCUUGUCUCUGAGAAUUCAGAUCUCCAGCAGGAGAUCCAGGAUUUGAAGGAGAGAAACUCUGAACUCAGAGAUGUGAUGAUCAAACGUGUCUCUGAGAAAGUCGAGUCAGACCAGCAGUUUGUUCAACAGCUGCAGAAACUCAAAGAGCAGCAUGAAGAGGAAUUAGUUACCCUAAAACUGCAGCUUAAAGAACAUCUCAGGUCUGAGAUCCAACCUGGUUCUGAGAUUUAUUCACCAGAACCACAGCCGUCUGUGGAAAGUCUGGAGGCAAAUCCUGACAAGGAUUGUCAGACGGACACGGACGUUUGUCAGACUGAAAUCGUUCAGGAAACGCUGGAGUUAAGCCAAAGUCUCCACAGUAACGAGUCUCCAUCUGAAGAAGCCGUUCCACAAACAGUCAAACCGCAGCAAAACAUUUCUAAGUGGAGACGCUUCAAAAAGUUUAUGACUCCAGCGUGUCUGCGGAAACACAAGAACACGUUAUAAACUAAUUACCUGCCCUCACACACACCACCCUCACACACACACACCUUCAUAAAUCACCAUCCAAUAUUCACACACCUUUCGAAAAAACGGGGCUGUAUGUUAGAAGAUGGUCGUGCUUUCGUCUUGCAGAGGCUGCUGGUUUGCAUGCCAGCUGUGACCCCUCUGUGUGACAGAGCACGUUCUCUCUCAUGCACGCGUGGGUUUUCUCCGGGCGCUCCGGUUCCCCCACAAACACGUGUUUAGGUUAAUUAGUGACUCUAAAAUGUCUGGGUGAGUGUGUGAGUAACUGGUGUGACUGGCCACAAUAGAAAAAUGAUAAAUCUCCAGAGUCUGAGGCCCUGUCCACACAUAGCCGGGGAUCUGCCAAAACGUAGAUAUUUUUCUACGUUUUGGACUGUCAUCCACACGAAAACGGAGUUUUUUCACACGAAAAUGGAUCUUUUUAAAAACUCCGGCCAAAGUGAAGAUCUGCGUUUUCUCCGUUUUGGGUGUCUGCGUGUGGACAGACAAAACCGGAGUUUUAAGGUCCGCAACGUCACUUUCCACGACAAAAAAUG